AUGGCUAAAAGACAGACGACGACGAUGUUGUUUGGCACGAGUCUUCAGAGGCCCACACUUGACCUCACUCAUUAUGGGGCGUUUAUGGCCCAAGGAGAGCAGCCUAAGCCUGGGGGCCGUGUUUGUGCAUCCUUGAGAAUGAUUGGUGUUGUUAAUGGGUCCCGUCCAAGCGGUCCCCUGACGAAAGUGUAUGGAAAUGACGGCAACGCUGUCUUUAUCCGCGAGUUCACCCUAAUCCGGCACGAUGACCUUCCGGACGAUUCUCUCCACGAGGCUACUGGCAGCCAGAAACCAGAGGACUCAAGCUCUCGGACAGCUCGCUCAGAGGAGGAUCGGGAUACCCUGUGGGACGCUUGGGGCCCUUGGAGCGAAUGUUCACGCACCUGCGGCGGUGGAGCCUCCUACUCCCUCAGACGUUGUCUGAGCUCCAAAACUUGUGAAGGACAGAAUAUCAAAUACCGCACAUGCAGUAAUGUGGACUGCCCACCAGAUUCUGGAGACUUCCGCUCCCAGCAGUGCUCAGCUCACGCUGAUGUACGUUACCAGGGCCGGUAUUACGAGUGGCUACCCCUCGACAACGACCCUGAAAAUCCCUGUGCCUUGAAGUGCAAAGCCAAGGGUACAGAUCUGGUAGUUGAACUGGCACCAAAGGUUUUGGAUGGAACACGCUGCUACACGGAAUCCCUGGAUAUGUGCAUCAAUGGGGCCUGCCAGAUUGUUGGCUGUGACCAUGAGUUGGGAAGCACAGCGAAAGAGGACAACUGUGGGGUUUGCAACGGAGACGGCUCGUCUUGCAGAUUAGUGAGAGGCCACUACAAGUCCCAGCAUGCCACCGGGAAAACUGAAGACACCGUCGUUGUUAUCCCCUAUGGAAGUCGACAUGUACGGCUAGUACUGAAAGGACCGGAUCACUUGUAUCUGGAAAGCAAGACUCUUCAGGGGGUGAAAGGGGAGCUCUCUCUGGAUGUCUCCAAGCAGUACUUUCUAGAAAACACCACAGUGGACUUCCAGAAGCUCUCAGACAAGGAGGUCCUGCGAAUUGCCGGCCCACUGGGAGCUGACUUCACUGUCAAAGUGCAGUAUGUGAACGGCGUAGACAGCGUGGUUCAGUUCAUCUUCUAUCAGCCCAUUGUCCAUCGCUGGAGGGAAACAGACUUCUUUCCCUGCUCUGUGACUUGCGGUGGGGGGUACCAGCUGACUUCAGCAGAAUGCUUUGAUCUGCGUAGCAAUCGGGUCGUGGUGGAUCAGUACUGUCACUACUACCCUGAGAAUGUUAAGCCAAAACCUAAGCUGCAAGAGUGCAACAUGGACCCCUGUCCUGCCAAUGAUGGCUACAAACAGAUCAUGCCAUAUGACCUUUACCAUCCCCUGCCACGGUGGGAGAGCAGCCCGUGGACAGCAUGUUCCACCUCCUGCGGCGGUGGGGUCCAAAGCCGCUCAGUUUCCUGUGUGGAGGAAGACAUGCAGGGUACCAUCACACCCACAGAGGAAUGGAAGUGCCUUUAUGCACCCAAGACUCCUAUUCUACAGUCCUGCAACACUUUUGACUGCCCAACGUGGCUAGCACAGGAGUGGUCACCGUGCACUGUGACCUGUGGGCAAGGCCUACGCUACAGAGUGGUCCUCUGCAUUGACCACAGAGGCCUGCAUGCCGGAGGCUGCAAUCCCACUACCAAGCCACACAUUAAGGAGGAGUGUCUGGUCACAGUGCCAUGCUACAAACCUAUAGAGAAGCUACCUGUGGAGGCCAAGCCACCUUGGUUCAAACAGGCCAUAGAGUUAGAGGAGGAAACAGCAUUGUCUGAGGAACCCACGUUCAUCAGGGGAGCCUGGGGCCCUUGCAGUAGAACAUGUGGUGCAGGGACCCAGCAGCGGACGGUGAAGUGUCAGGUUCUCCUGUCCUUCUCACAGACAGUGGCUGACCUUCCCGACGAUGAGUGCGAGGGACUCAAGCCGCCUGAGAUCCAGCCCUGCUACCGGACCCCCUGCCCCGGUGCAAAGGAAGAGGAGAGAGAAAGAACAACAACCUCCGAUAAAGAGGAGCUGCACGACUGGGAAUAUGAAGGCUUCACAGAGUGCUCAGAGGCCUGUGGGGGAGGGAUGCAGGAGGCUGUUGUGAUCUGCCUGAACAAACAAACCAGAGAAGGUGCUGAUGAGAAGCUGUGCGUGAGCAGCCGUCGACCCCCUCAGCUCUUACAGGCCUGCAACACACAAUCCUGCCCAGCCAGGUGGGAGACUGGGCUGUGGAGUCCCUGUUCAGCUACCUGUGGGGUCGGCCUUCAGACACGGGCAGUAACCUGCACACACCGAUCUAGAUCUCACAGCAAUUACACAGAGAAGGUCAAAGAGGAAGACUGUCAUCAGCCAAAGCCCACCUCUUUCCAGGCCUGCAACCGUUUUGACUGCCCACCCUUUUGGGAACCUCAAGACUGGACUCAGUGUUCUCACAGCUGUGGGGGUGGGACUCAGAAGAGAGAGGUGCUCUGCAAACAGCGGCUAGCGGAUGGGAGUGUCCUUGAGCUGCCUGAUACGUUCUGCCCAUCGCCGACCCUGCCCACCAUACAGACCUGCGGCAAACAGGAAUGUCCUCCUCAGUGGGUUUCCACAGAAUGGUCCCAGUGUUCCGCAACCUGUGGGACAGGGACUCAGAAGCUGCUGCUGGUGUGUAAAAUAAAGGGGGAGAAUGGAGAGUACCAUAUAGCUGCCCCAGAAGCCUGUGCCUCUGUUUCCCAGCCUUCGACUGUCCGAGCAUGCUCCCUUGGACCUUGUGAGAAAACCUUCCAGUCAGAAGAUGUGAAACCAAACCCUGUUAUCUUAGCUCAAAGGAAGGUCUACAUUCAGUUGAAGAAGGGCAGGAAGUUACACUUUGCGGUAGGUGGUUAUGCCUACUUAUUGCCGUGGACUUCUGUCGUCCUCCGCUGCCCAACCAGACACUUUCGCAAGGGCCAUAUCCGUUGGCUGAAGGACGGAAAGCCCCUCUUGGGACUUCCCCACCUAUCCAUCUCUCAUCUUGGUUACAUAAAGAUUCAGCAGCUCCAAUCUUCUGAUACUGGUGUGUAUACUUGUGUAGCAGACCAGACACAGGAGAGUUUCAUUCUAAAACUCAUUGGUAGCAAACGGAAGUUGACUCUGCCAGAGAGUGACCUCUGGUUGGCAAAUGGUGGAAAGAAGAUUCUCCAAGGUUCUCCAACAUCUGAUGAAAAAAACAAGGAAUUGCGAUUUAAAUUUAGUCGUUACGACAGCAUCAUACAGGGUUUGCUGGACUCUCGAGACUUCCCUCAAGAAGGCCUCAUCUCAAAGGAACAGCCAGACUCCGCUGAGCAGAAUGCUUCAAUUUUGGAGGAGGAUGUGUCUCUUGAUUCUGAAAAUCCCCUGAUGCUGGUGAUAGACAUGCCCAAACUGGAUGAGAUCACUCGUAAUCUGUCAGGUGGUCAGCGUGGCCUAGAGAAAGACCAGCUCUUUGCUCAAAUUCUUGGAGACCUUACCAAAAACCUUGGGGAGAAGAAUGAGUCUACUCUGCCCCUUCAGGAUAGGUCAGGCUCCUGGCAGGGUCACAGUACCCAGGGAACCAACCCAAGGGUGGUUCCUUAUACAAGGAGGCAAUGGAGAGGACAACUUAGAGGCCCUGUUAUUGUUCAUAGAGCUCUCAGGGGAAAAAACAAAUUCCCAUCGGAAUUGGUGGCCAAUGUGGGAAGCUUUGUUUUAGUGCCCAGACAAGCAACUAUGGUAGUCCUCAAGUGCCAUGCCCAUGCAAACCCAGAUCCAGUGAUUAGCUGGACUAAGGAUGGGAAGGAGUUGAAGAACAGUAGCAGUAGUUUCCAUUGUCUCUGUCGUGGCAGAGUAGGCCUGAUGGCAGAUGGCUCCCUGCAAAUUCAGGCUCCAAGUGAGACCGAUUCUGGACUCUACACGUGCACUGCCACAAACCUUGUGGGCUCCACUUCCAUGUCCUCUCAGCUGCAACUAGAAGGAAGUGACUGUCUGGGUGGUGCGGGUACAGGGAGCAGUUCAACAUGUUCAAACAAACCACAGAGGUCUGAGGCUUGCACUGGACAACACUGCCCCCACAGGUGGUUGGUAUCCGUCUGGUCUUCCUGUUCUGUUAGUUGUGGAGGUGGAGUUCAGACUCGCUCUGUGACCUGCCAGAGAGGUGCAGAAACGGUAGACAAGUGUGUAGGUGCAGGAAGAAGACCGCCAGAAACCCAAUCCUGUAACACCCAACCAUGCGUUGGCUGGGCAACUACAGCCUGGGGACCUUGUCAAGGGCGCUGUGUCGGUCCACGUCAGGCCACGCAGCAAAGGCAUGUAUUUUGCCAGGACAAGAACAACACCCGAUUAGCUCACCAAAUGUGCAGACCCUUCCCAAGACCUACCUCCCGCAGAAACUGUUCGACAGAGGCCUGCGCUUUACACUGGCGAGUCGGGCCCUGGACUCAGUGCACUGCCACAUGUGGUCGCCAUGGCUUUCAGUCACGUCUCGUGACCUGUGCUAACCGUCGCACCGGAAAACCGGCACGAGAGUUCCACUGUGCUUGGAGGCCUCGGCCAGCCAGCUGGCAACGCUGCAACAUCUUGUCUUGUGGGAGAAGUGAUUGUCAGGACAGCACCAGGUACUGUGAGAAGGUACGACAGCUCGAGCUCUGCCCACUGCCCCAGUUUAAAGCUCGUUGCUGCCAGUCCUGUAAAGACACCUGA